AUGUCUGCACAACUGACGCUCCAGUCCGUAAAGACGGAUGUUCUCAGUCUGGACGACAUGGUUACUGACCUUUCGGCCUUCCAGAACCGACUUGAGUACGUUAUCUGGAAAGAUGAGUGUGAUACCUUCAGUUUUGACGUUAUUAAUCUUAGCCCUGUUAUCGCAAAUACUAUACGGCGCAUUAUUCUGGACGAGGUGCCCACAAUGGCCAUAGACACCGUUGUGGUGCACGAGAACUCUUCUAUAAUUGCAGAUGAGAUUUUUUCCCACAGAUUGGGUCUGGUGCCCAUGAACAUCGACCCUCGGUUGUUUGAGUACCAUGAGGACGGUGAUAAGAUCCACGAGCGAAAUACAGUUGUUUUUAAGCUGGAUGUCACGGCACCAGCGACGUAUUCGAGUAGUUUUAAUGAUGAGGAGCCUGGGUGGUUCUACGUUUACAGCAGAGACAUUUACUGGGUUCCUAUAGGAGGACAAAAGGACUGGCUCCUGAAGCAAGAAGUCCGGGCCGAUAUGAGCUCCCUCCCUGCGCCACUAGAUCCGGAUAUCCUACUUGCAAAACUGGCUCCAGGUCAGCGGAUUUUCUGUGAAAUAUACUGCCACAAAGGUAUAGGCCGAAUGCAUGCCAAGUUUCAGCCCGUGGGGACAGCAUGGUACAAAAUGAAAACGCAGAUUGCUCUUGACAAGGAUGCACUGCUCCAGCACCCAGAGGUGAAUGGGGAUGUAGACAAGCUUGUGACAAAGUUGCACAAAGUAUGUCCAGUUAACGUCUUUGCUGAUGUUACUAGGCAGCUGGAUAUAGAAGACUUUAGCGUGCACCAUCCAGACCGGACGGAAGCCUGCACACUUUGCAGGGAGUGCAUCGCAGCCUUUACAGAUGAGCAGAACCAGUGUGGAAUCCGGCUAGAGCUCGUAAAGACUCACUUGGUUUUCACGAUAGAGUCAUGCUCGUGGUACAGAGCGCGAGACAUCUACUUAGAGGCCCUCACCGUCAUGCAACAGAAAGCGGCUCUUCUUAAGUCUUCUCUUAAAACAGGAGAGCUUGUUGAAGAGUAA